AUGUCUACCGUCGAGACCUUCAGCGAAUUAAACAAAUCUGGCCUGUUCAUUCAGAACUCGGCCUUUAUUGACGGAGAAUGGGUGAAAAGCGACAAUACCUUCGAUGUCUAUGAACCCUCUACAGCGACAGUCCUUGGCACCGCGGCAAACUGCGAUAUGACCGCCAUGCAAAUCGCUAUUCAAAGCGCACACGACGCCCAGCCAAAAUACUUCACCGAGACAACAGCUGCAACCCGCAGUUUAAUCCUCACCAAAUGGCACGGUCUGGUCAUGGACAAUAUAAAUGACUUAUCAACACUACUCUGCCUCGAAAACGGCAAAACUCUCGCCGAAGCACGCACCGAAAUCACGUACGCCGCCAGCUUCAUAUCCUGGUUCGCGGCUGAAGCCCCCCGCGCCUACGGCGACGUGAUCCCCUCUUCGACACCAAAUACUGUGGUCAUGACGCUCAAGGAGCCAGUCGGUGUGUGCGGGAUAAUAACGCCCUGGAACUUUCCCGCGGCCAUGAUAACUAGGAAGAUUGCCCCUGCGUUGGCGGCGGGAUGUGCUGUUGUUGUUAAGCCUCCUUCUGAGACACCCUUUACGGCACUUUCAUUGACCAAGCUGGCCAUUGAGGCUGGGUUCCCUAGGAAGGUGAUCCAGGUUGUCCCGACGAAGGACCGAGGCGUUGCUUCUGAGUUGGCAGUUAAUCCGCUGAUCAAGAAGAUCAGUUUCACGGGGUCGACAGGGGUCGGGAAGACGUUGGCGAAGAUGGCUGCAGGAACAGCCAAAAAGGUUAGUCUUGAACUCGGAGGGAAUGCGCCAUUUAUUGUGUUUGAGGACGCAGAGCUGGAACUUGCUGUUGAGGGGGCUAUGCUUUCCAAGUUCCGCUGUUCGGGACAGACUUGCGUCUGCGCCAAUCGGCUUUACGUGCAGAGGGGUGUUGUUGAGGAGUUCACGAGGAGGCUUGUUAAGAAGGUUGAAGAGCUCAAGUGUGGACCUGGCCUUGACGGAACGUCUACACAGGGCCCAUUGAUCAACAGAGCUGCUGUGCAGAAGGUGGAGGAGCAUAUUCGUGACGCUGUUAGCAAGGGUGCUGAGGUGCGAAGCGGAGGGACUGUUCCAAGGGAUCUCGGUAAUGGGUUCUUUAUCCAGCCUACUGUGCUGAGCGGGGCAACGGUAGACAUGGCGGUAGCCAAAGACGAGACUUUCGGGCCCCUGGCGCCGAUUUUUGCCUUUGAGGGUGAAGAGGAAGUCUUGAGGUUGGCGAAUGACACGGAGUUUGGCCUAGCUGGAUAUUUCUACUCGAAAGACAUCGGCCGGGUGAUGCGCGUUGCGCAGAAGAUGCAGGUUGGCAUGUGCGGUGUGAAUACGGGCAAGGUCGCUGCGGCGGAGUCGCCAUUUGGGGGCAUCAAGGAGAGUGGCUAUGGGCUUGAAGGGAGCAAGUACGGCAUUGCUGAGUACCAAACCAUCAAAACUGUGACCAUUGGGAACAUAAAUCACUCCUAG